UGGUGCUGAAGCAUACAUAUGGCAGACUGUGUGCAGGGGAAGUGAGAAUCAUUAUGACUAGCUGUACACGAAAGAAGGCAUUGACCAGCUAACGCUGCCAGAAGGAGUUGGACUGAGCCAGGCACAGGGCAAAUACCAUGUCUUUGCUGUGCGUAGGAGUGAAAAAAGCGCAAUUUGAUGGCGCUCAAGAAAAGUUUAAUGCUUACGUAACCCUGAAGGUUCAAAAUGUGAAAAGCACAACAAUCGCUGUGCGGGGGAACUUACCCUGCUGGGAGCAGGACUUCAUGUUCGAGAUCAAUCGGUUAGACCUUGGUCUGACGGUGGAAGUCUGGAAUAAGGGAUUGAUCUGGGACACAAUGAUAGGGACGGUAUGGAUCCCACUAAGCAACAUUCGACAGUCUAACGAGGAGGGACCAGGAGAAUGGUGGACCCUUGACUCCCAAGUCAUAAUGACAGAUAAUGAAAUUUGUGGAACCAAAGACCCAACCUUUCAUCGUAUACUACUCGACACCCGAUUUGAACUUCCCUUGGAUAUUCCCGAAGAAGAGGCUCGAUACUGGGCAAAGAAACUUGAACAGCUCAAUGCCAUGCGGGUUCAGGAUGAUUAUGUGUUUCAGGAAGAGCCAGAUGAUCCUAUUCCCAGCCAUCGUUCCCAGUGUUGUAUCCCUGAUUACUUUGGCUGGGGAGAACAGCGUAAUAAUGAGGAUCCUGACAGUGCCAUGGAUGAUCGUGAUAGUGAUUAUCGCAGUGAGACCAGCAACAGUAACCCACUCCCCUACUACUCCACAGCUCAGCCUAACGCCUCUGUGCAUCAGUACCCUAUCCGUCAGCAACAGAGUUCUCAUGGAUCCUGCACAGAUUCUGUGAACAGCUGUGAGAUGGACUGCUCAGACCAUCGGCCAAUCAGCCCCAUGGGAAGUAGCCGAUAUGCCUCAUCAGAUGAUAUCAGCCAGUGCUCCUCUCAGCUUAGUGAUGAUUUCGACCCAGAGAACUACAGCAUUCAAGGCUCGGAAAUUGAGGAGGACAGAGACAGAGACUCCUAUCACUCCUGUCACAGCUCAGUCAGCUACCAGAAGGACUCUCCAAAUUGGGAUGAAGAAGAGGGACCAGACGAUUUUGAUGAGGAUGAAGGUGGAUACCCUGAAAGCAGAGGGCGUAUUUAUGACAGUGAUGUAUACGACGAUGAUGAAAUACCGGAGGAGGAUGAAGUAGGAAAGCUAGGUUAUGGAGAAGAGGAGGCAGGAUACCUUUCAGAGGGCAAGGUAAAGAGUCCCCUGGAAGUACCAGUGGAGAAGGAAAUCCCAGAAGUUCCAACAGAGGAAGUUGAAGUUGAACCUGUGUCUGUGGUGGAGGAGCCUGCAUCAAUUGAAAGUUACAGGGAAGAGAUAUCCAGCGCAGCAAGAGCUAAAUCCAAUUGGCUGAGGGCAUUCAACAAAGUACGGCUACAGUUGCAAGAGGCAAGAGGAGAGGGCAGUGGAGAAAUGUCCAAGUCUCUAUGGUUUAAGGACGGGCCUGCCGGUGGUCUCAUAAUUAUAGAUAGUAUGCCAGAUAUACGAAAGAGAAAGCCUAUACCUCUGGUCAGCGAUUUGGCCAUGUCCCUGGUCCAGUCACGAAAGGCUGGCAUAACCUCCGCACUUGCAACAAGCACCUUAAACAACGAAGAGCUAAAAAACCAUGUUUACAAAAAGACCCUGCAAGCUUUAAUAUACCCAAUAUCCAGCACCACCCCCCACAACUUUGAAGUGUGGACUGCCACAACCCCUACAUACUGCUAUGAAUGUGAGGGUCUCCUGUGGGGCAUUGCCAGGCAAGGCAUGCGCUGUACUGAGUGUGGGGUCAAGUGCCAUGAGAAAUGCCAGGACCUACUGAAUGCUGACUGUCUCCAGAGAGCAGCGGAAAAGAGCUCAAAACAUGGGGCAGAAGAUCGAACUCAGAAUAUUAUUAUGGUCCUGAAGGACCGCAUGAAGAUCAGAGAAAGGAACAAGCCCGAGAUCUUUGAACUGAUCCAGGAAGUGUUUGGAGUGCUUAAGGCCACUCAUGCUCAGCAGAUAAAAGCUGUGAAACAGAGUGUGUUGGACGGUACCUCUAAAUGGUCAGCAAAGAUUAGCAUCACAGUGGUGUGUGCUCAAGGUUUGCAAGCCAAGGAUAAGACAGGUUCCAGUGAUCCUUAUGUUACAGUCCAGGUGGGGAAAACCAAGAAAAGAACCAAAACAAUCUAUGGCAACCUCAACCCCGUGUGGGAGGAGAAUUUUCACUUCGAGUGCCACAAUUCUUCAGAUCGGAUCAAGGUGCGCGUGUGGGAUGAGGAUGAUGAUAUAAAAUCAAGAGUAAAGCAGAGGUUCAAACGAGAGUCUGAUGAUUUCCUAGGGCAGACGAUCAUUGAAGUCCGUACCCUAAGUGGAGAGAUGGACGUGUGGUACAACUUAGAUAAACGCACAGACAAAUCUGCUGUAUCUGGGGCCAUCCGACUGCACAUAAGUGUGGAGAUAAAGGGAGAGGAGAAGGUAGCUCCAUAUCAUGUACAGUACACAUGUCUACAUGAGAACUUGUUUCAUUUCCUAACGGACGUGCAGAACAAUGGAGUCGUGAAGAUCCCAGACGCUAAGGGCGAUGAUGCCUGGAAAGUCUAUUUUGAUGAGACUGCGCAGGAGAUCGUUGAUGAGUUUGCAAUGAGAUAUGGAGUGGAGUCCAUAUACCAGGCCAUGACUCAUUUUGCCUGCCUCUCAUCCAAGUACAUGUGUCCUGGUGUACCAGCAGUAAUGAGCACACUCCUUGCCAAUAUUAAUGCAUAUUAUGCCCACACCACAGCAUCCACCAAUGUGUCUGCCUCAGAUCGCUUCUCUGCUUCCAACUUUGGGAAAGAAAGAUUUGUGAAGCUGCUUGACCAACUGCACAACUCUUUGCGUAUUGACCUAUCCAUGUACCGGAAUAAUUUUCCUGCAAGCAGCCCAGAGAGACUCCAGGACCUCAAGUCUACUGUUGAUCUUCUUACUAGUAUUACAUUUUUCAGGAUGAAGGUACAAGAGUUGCAAAGUCCUCCACGGGCCAGUCAGGUGGUAAAGGAUUGUGUGAAGGCCUGUCUGAACUCUACCUAUGAAUACAUCUUCAAUAACUGCCACGAAUUAUAUAGCAGAGAGUAUCAAAGUGAUCCCGCAAAGAAGGGAGAAUUGCCACCUGAGGAACAAGGUCCAAGUAUCAAAAACCUGGAUUUUUGGUCCAAACUCAUCACAUUGAUUGUGUCCAUUAUAGAAGAGGAUAAGAACUCAUACACACCCUGUCUAAAUCAGUUCCCCCAGGAGCUGAAUGUUGGUAAAAUCAGUGCUGAAGUGAUGUGGAGUCUGUUUGCUCAAGACAUGAAAUAUGCUAUGGAAGAACACGACAAGCAUCGCUUGUGUAAAAGCGCUGACUACAUGAAUUUGCACUUCAAGGUUAAGUGGCUAUAUAAUGAAUAUGUGACUGACCUGCCAUCUUUUAAGAAUAAGGUUCCGGAAUACCCUGCCUUUUUUGAGCCAUUUGUUAUCCAGUGGUUGGAUGAGAAUGAAGAAGUGUCCAGAGAUUUUCUGCAUGGAGCCUUGGAAAGGGAUAAGAAGGAUGGGUUCCAGCAGACCUCAGAACAUGCUCUGUUCUCCUGCUCUGUAGUAGAUGUCUUCUCGCAACUCAAUCAGAGUUUUGAAAUCAUUAAAAAGUUGGAAUGCCCAGACCCACAGAUUGUGGGACACUAUAUGAAGAGAUUUGCAAAGACAAUCAGUAACAUUCUUCUUCAGUAUGCAGAAAUAAUCUCCAAAGACUUUGCUCUGUAUUGCUCCAAAGAGAAGAAAGAAGAGAAAGUGCCCUGUAUCCUGAUGAAUAAUAUCCAACAGCUACGGGUUCAGCUGGAGAAGAUGUUUGAAGCAAUGGGUGGAAAAGAGCUUGACCCUGAAACCAGUGCCAUUCUUAAAGACCUGCAGGUGAAACUUAACAAGGUCCUCGAUAAACUGAGCAGUGUGUUUGCAACCAGUUUCCAGCCACAUAUUGAGGAAUGUGUGAAGCAGAUGGGGGAAAUUCUGAGUCAGGUGAAAGGCACGGGCAACGUUCCAGCCAGUAACUGUAGCAGUGUGGCCCAGGAUGCAGAUAACGUGUUACAGCCCAUACUGGAUCCAUUGGACAGCAUCUUGACUCUGUUUGCUAAGAUUUGUGAAAAAACAGUACUAAAACGUGUUUUGAAGGAGCUCUGGAAACUAGUGAUGAACACCAUGGAAAAGAUUAUUGUCCUUCCACCAUUGACAGAUCAGACGAUGAUAGGAACGCUGCUGAGAAAACAUGGCAAGGGACUAGAGAAGAGCAGGGUGAAGCUGACGUACCAUGCAGAUGGGUCUCAUCUUAUUAUGAAUGCUGCAAACCAACUAGGACAGCUAUCUAAGCUCAAGGAUCACAUGGUGAGGGAGGAAGCAAAGAGUCUAACUCCAAAACAAUGUGCAGUGGUGGAGCUUGCACUGGACACAAUUAAGCAAUAUUUCCAUGCUGGAGGUGUUGGUCUCAAAAAGACUUUUCUUGAGAAGAGUCCAGCUCUGCAGUCUCUUCGCUAUGCACUCUCUCUUUACACACAGGCUACAGACACACUCAUCCAAACCUUCGUCCAAACACAGUCUGCUCAGGGAUCUGGUGUGGAAGAUUCCGUGGGAGAGGUUUCUAUACACGUAGAGCUCUUCACUCACCCAGGAACAGGGGAACACAAGGUCAGCGUAAAAGUCGUAGCAGCCAAUGACCUUAAGUGGCAGACCUCUGGAAUUUUCCGUCCCUUUAUUGAAGUAAACAUGAUAGGUCCAAAUUUGAGUGACAAGAAGAGGAAAUUCACUACAAAGUCCAAGAACAAUAGCUGGGCCCCAAAAUACAACGAGAGCUUCCAAUUCACACUGGGCAGCGAGCAUGGUCCAGAGUGUUACGAACUACAGGUGUGUGUGAAAGACUAUUGCUUUGCACGUGAAGACAGAACAGUGGGCACAGCGGUAAUGCAACUGCGAGAUCUGGCACAGAAAGGAAGCUGUGCAUGCUGGCUUCCACUUGGCCGAGGCAUUCACAUGGAUGAUACUGGAUUGACCAUAUUGAGGAUCUUGUCCCAGCGUAACAAUGAUGAGGUGGCCAAAGAGUUUGUUAAACUCAAAUCUGACACCCGCUCACCUGAGGAAGGCAGCUAGAGCAAUUGGGUCCAUUACCCCUUCUCUUUGGGAACUAGCGGAUCCCUUCACUGCCUUGCACCCCAGGCCCAAACUGUAAAUAAUUUAGAUAUUAAAGAAAAUAAAUAUAUCACACAUUUAACCUGGUCACUGCCGGCAGUGCUCCCAAAGCAGACAUAGCGUUCUGCCUGUUGCUCUACAAUAAUGGUGCCUUUCUGGCAGUGACAGGGUUAAGGUGUGCACAAACACACACACACACUAAGGGCUUUGUUCAAAUGUGCCAUUGUGUUAAUGCUGUCCCUGCUGUACCACAAGAUCAGAGUUGUUGAAGGAGGGAGUGUUAUCCCUUGCUUGCAUCACUCUGUGGGGGCUUAAGAGCACCCUAGCAGUGGGAAGAUUAGCAAUGUGAGAGACCAUGUUCCCCUAUAGAAGGGGUUUAAUACCCCCUUUCCCCAUCCCUGUGGCCUGUUAAAGUUGCCUGCACCCCACCCCUUCUCUGUAUAUAGGAUCUCCCUGUACCAGUGUCUUAUUCUGUGCAAUGGUGCUGCAUGGGUAUUCAUUUUCUAUUUAAAAAAAAAAAAAACACUCCAAACCUGGAAAACCGUGGUAGCCCUAUUCAGCUCAUGCCUGUCUUGCCUUGGAUUGAAACAUCAUUGAAAAACCACCACUUUCACAGUGUAGCAAAGAGGACACUGCCAGAUGCCCAUAUGUUUAAGAAACCUGUCCUUCCCUAAAACUGCCCAUUACAUCCAGCACUGAAAGGGUUUAAACAUAACCCUCAUCUCCUCACCAGGGCAGCAAGGACAAAUGACCAUAGUUCCCCAACCACUGCACAAAGGGUUGAAGCCCCAUUCCUUUUUUAUAUAAACAAAAAACAAAAUGUGGCAUGUGUUCCAGAAAAAAGAUGCAUCAAAUGCCACCCCAUCCUGAUCAACCGCCUUUCAUUUACAAGUUAUUUCCUCCCCUCUUUGUUGCCCCUGGGUGCAUGUGGAACAGUUUUGCACUAAUUUGGACAUUUUUGGUCUCUGUAAAAAUAUUUUAUUAUGACAGCCAUUAAAUAAAAAUAAACACAG